CCCCGUUCAGCCUUUAGUUUCUCUCCCAGUCAACUGCCGCCAUGUUUUUCUGAGGCAGGAUGACAGCAGAGAGAGCGCAGACGAAGACGGAUAUAGUCUAAAAACCCUCGAAUCUACUUCUUUAUUCGACCGGCAGACGGUCAGUUUUUUAUCGCGGACAUAUAUAUAUACGAUAUAUACGCAAGUACGUGCGUGUUUUUUUAAAAAAAACAAAAAACAAAAAACAAAAAAAAAAAAACUGUGAACGCUGUAUUGUAGUGUUAUUUUCCUUUCCUAUGGCGUAGGCACAUUUUCUAAAUAUAUCUUUUUAUUUCAGGAUGGGAGGGGAUCCUCCCACAUAAAUAUAAAAUCCUGAAAACAUUCGUUUUUUUAAAGUUUAUACCAUGAAAUAGCCAGAAGUCAGAAGCGUAUUUCAAGAAGAAUCUAUUCCUGCCUGCGCUUAACUACCUUUUACCAGCAACCUACAGGAAUAACCAGACGAGUGCUCUUUGCAUGGUCAACUGCUUUACCACAAGUUUUCUGCUGUCAAAACUUUGUUUAUUAAGCAAAAGUGAAGAUCCGAAAGAGCACAUUUCGAAGAUGACUGGCAAUAUUCCAGCUGAUAUGAUCAACUUAAGGCUCAUCUUGGUGAGUGGAAAAACAAAAGAGUUCCUGUUCUCUCCAAACGACUCUGCGGCCGACAUCGCCAAGCAUGUGUAUGACAACUGGCCAAUGGACUGGGAAGAGGAACAAGUGAGCAGUCCAAAUAUCCUGCGCCUCAUCUACCAGGGCCGUUUCCUACAUGGCAAUGUGACACUAGGAGCUUUAAAACUGCCUCUCGGAAAAACUACAGUGAUGCAUUUAGUUGCCAGAGAGACACUGCCUGAGCCAAAUUCCCAAGGUCAAAGGAACCGAGAAAAGACUGGAGAGAGCAACUGUUGUGUGAUCCUGUAAAUACAUCCCUCCCGCCCUGAAUGAGUGUGUUCGAUUAUCCUUCGCCCAUGCUGCUGAGACACUCGCAUAAACAACUACUCACACCUGACUCCCAUGAGCACCUGACCAGGACGAGAGUUUUAUGUCACUCGCACGGAAAAUCACAACCAAGAGAGAGGAUAAAAUAUUGAGCUGCUCUGCAUUGAUACAAAACAUAUUUGUAUCAUUUCUUGUCCAUAUUUAAGCCAAAAGAUGUGAAGAGAUUCCAACCCUGAAAGAAGCAGAUAAUUAAAUACAUCCCACCUUCUCGCACACACAUUCCCACCCUUUCUAACACCUUCACACACUAACUCAUGCGCUCAUUUAAACAUGCACACACACACACACACUCACACAUAAGACCAACAAUCCUCCCAGUUUGCACACGGAGGAGGUCCUUGUCUCUCCUUUUGAAUUGCACAUAGUAAACAUUCGUUACUGAGUGAGGAAGAAGAGAUUUUCCUUUUUCAGGCUGUGAGAGGGGGAGAUGUGUGAGAAAGAUUAAUUUACACAGGGUCUGACGAACUUUUUGCAUUUAACAAAGCACCAGAUGUGCGCUUUGCUCAUCACACUUGACGGAUCUGAUUGGGAGGUGUAAAGGCAUGCCGUGAUCUACGUCUGAAACAAUAGCACACACCUACUGGUGGUUUAACCUCUGCUUCGAUGCAUCACCGCUACAGUUCAGACAAUUUUUGAGAUCUAUGUUUUCUUUAAUUGACCAACCAGUGUUGUGUCUGCCCUCUUUAGAUAGAUAUGAGCUGCUCUCUUUUAGGAAAGGUAAGAUUUAUCCCUUUAUUUUCCAAGUGUAGUGGUGUAAAUUAAUGCUAUGGAAUGAAGUUUGGUUUGAUUUCUAUUUCCCCUCCCCUUUUAAAGACAAAAAAAUUUGUUUGCACAACACAGAAACAUGAACUGUUUCAUCUAAAUCUGUGUAAUGUUUUUCUCACUUUUUAAUAUUUUUUCCAAAUGGGAAUUGUAUUCGAAGGUUACUUAUGUGUAGAGUAUAUUUAAUAUGAAUCUUAUUGAGAACAUAUCUAUAGAUUGUUGAUAUAUAUUGGUGUCUAGUGUAUGAUAGUCUAAACAGUCUAAAAUAGUUAGCUUAUUUGCAUUUGGAACAGUGACAUGCUGACAAUAUCAUGUACCUAACAGCAGUAAUCCCCUCUAAUGGCUGAAGAAUUAUUGUACUGUUUUAUUUUUAAAAUGUUCAUAAUUUGUUAUAAUCUUUUUUUUUUCUUCCUUUCAUUUCUCUUUUUGUGGUCUUUGCUUUAUACUUUUUAACACCGCACUAGGUCUGAAAAAUAUUGGUCCUUAUCAGGGUUCAAAUCUGUACAGUGCUUAAGUUUAAAAAAAAAAAAAAAUGUAAAUAAAACUAACGCUUCUCAUUCUUUAAACUACAAAUUUAAAUAUAUCUAUAAACUGAAUAAAGAAUCCAGAAUAUUGAAGU